GAGACGGUCCCGAAAGGCUAUCUGUAGUACGUAGAGAUCAACUGCACCAUUUUGAAAACCAUGAGAUCCGUUUCACUGUUCGUUGCGUUGGCGUUUGUCGCUUUGGGCACCACCGUUGGCUUCACUCAGUACCGGAGGGUGGAAUUCGAUGGGGCGAGGAAGACGGCGUCCGCCGCCUUGCGGAAUAGAAGAUUGGUAGCGUGUGCCAUGAGCAGCCUGGACUAUUAUAGCAUCAGAAACACAACCCUGGAAGACGAAAGAGAGGCCUUGAAGAGCCGGAUGCCACCUCCCGUAAACGAAGACAUGACAAAAUUCCAGGUGGAGUUCCGCGAGCUCUUGGAAGGCAUUCUGUACACCCCGGAAGAAUUGUCCACGGUCUUGAAUCCCCGCAUGCGAGCGAUCCUGGAAGGGAUUACCGCCAGCUAUUACGAAUUUCCCGUGUACCAUGCGUUUGAGAUAUUGUACGAGGACUACAUACCRCUGCGGCUUGCCGGCAGAGUGGUGUACCGAGAGUUGCGGAAGGUGGUGGACGAGUCCAAGAAUUACAAGGAAUCCCAGAUCAACGCGGCCAUGGAAGGCACCGGGAUGCCGCGGUCAGAGGUCGAGGCCUGCUGGUCCACCUUCGCAGAGAUUGUCAGCGACCGGCGCCUGCCACUGGAGGACCUGGAGAGUUACGUGGGGACCAUGACCCUGAAAUACGUUUUGGACAGUGGCAGCGAGUCGAUCGGUAACAGAGCCAGAGAAGAAGGAGGGGUUUCGUUCGAGGAACUCCUGGUGUGCCUGAACAACUACAGAAUACGAUACAGCGSAAACGACGGAGAGGAAACCAACGCGACGGCGUUCAUGGGAAAGCCGGCGACCGGAAACCUGCUGCAGCAGGCCCUAAACCCGAGCGGCGAUGCCGCCGCGCAAGCCCGAAAGGGGCACGAGCUCAGCCCGAAGCGCCAGARAUACAACCAAAAGUACGACGACAUGCUGGUCCAGUUCUCGAAAUGGAAGCCGCUGAUCCCGUCGGGCGAKGGGCGGAGGCUCCAGAUUCUCAAGGGCUGCUUCGUGGGGAGCGAGAACCCCGCCGUCGUCGAGGCACUCCGGAUCAUCUAYGUGGACUACGGUGCGCUCCGUUUGUCGGGGGACUGGAUCUUCAAGGUGGUUUCGGCCCUCAUGGGUCCGAUCGAGCGCCGRCACAACMGGCGAAAAAAGAAGCUGCUGCAACCGUAGCUCGCACCSCGGCGUUGGCAGCCGGGAUUKGUGGGUCCUCGAUCCGAGCGAGCAGGUUGUUUCUGUACGGCGCACUGGGUGUCGAUGUUCGAUAACACGCACUAGAU